AUGGCGGUCGCAUUUCAAAAUAAUUUCAUUUUUUUAACUAAAAAGCUUGUCAUUUCAGCAUUUCCCGAGCUUCUUCCGUUGCAGAACUUCUCAAAAGCCUGACCAAGAUUGCCUAAAACAUGGCAGAGAAGCGAAAAAUUGAAUCGCUUAGCGAUAGUGACGAUGAAAGUGCCCCUGAUUUCAAAAGGAGCUCGUUUGCAACUUCAACUGGUCGACAUGAAAACGAAAGCGAACAAGAUCAGGGAAUGUUGGCUAACAGUGACAGUGUAGAUGGUACAAACUCUUUUACUGGCUACAGCGACUACUCCUUGAAAUUGAUGGGCAAGAUGGGUUUCCAAGUUGGUGAAGGUUUAGGAAAGUUUGGUCAGGGUCGAUCUGAGAUUGUGGAAGCCUCGAAACAAAGAGGAAGACGUGGUCUGGGCUUUGAAAUCGAAGGUCUAGAAGCUGAUGAUGUAGAAUGGACAGAAACAGAAAAGGAGGUGGAAGUGGUGGAGACUGCAAAUUGGAUUCCAUCUUGUGAACUUGAACCCCCAACCAGAAAUGAUAUGAAUGAUUGGAUGACAAUAAGCAAGAGAAAGUCAUCAAUAAAAGAUGAAACUGAAUUUUGCAAUGAGAAAAUUUUGCAUGGAGUUUUGGCAUGUAAGACUGUGUUUGAUUCCCUAGCAGAAAAUGAGUUUUUAAAAGCGAGAACGCGAGCCAAUCCUUACGAGAUGGUCAAAGGAGCAAUCUUUCAGAACAGGGCAGCCAUGAAAAUGGCAAAUAUGGAUGCUGUGUUUGAUUUCAUGUUCUCCUGUCCAAGAGAUAAAGAUAAUCGAGAACUCCUUGGUUCAAUGGAUCUUCUCUAUUUCGCUGACAUAUGUGCAGGACCUGGAGGGUUUUCUGAGUAUAUGUUAUGGAGAAAGAGCUGGCAUUGCAAAGGCUUUGGAUUCACUCUGAGAGGUGAAAAUGAUUUCAAACUGGAUAAGUUUUUAUCUGGAACACCAGAAACAUUCGAACCAUUUUAUGGUGUGAAUGGGAUUGAUGGUGAUGGUGAUAUUAUGAACCCAGAUAAUCUGAUGGCCUUCAAAGAUUUUGUUCUUAAUAAUACUGAUGGCUUGGGGGUCCACUUUGUCAUGGGUGAUGGAGGUUUCUCUGUUGCUGGGCAAGAAAAUUUCCAAGAGGUUCUUACGAAACGUCUUGUGCUCUGUCAGUUCUUAUGCGCUAUGUCAGUCCUAAGGAAAGGUGGUUAUUUCUUGUGCAAGACUUUUGAUCUCUUUACGCCAUUCAGUAUUGGACUUGUUUACUUGCUGUAUCGAGCCUUCGACCAUGUCUGUCUUCACAAACCUGUAACAAGCAGACCUGCUAACUCAGAAAGAUAUGUCAUUUGUAAAGGCCUACGCGAAAAUACUGAGGAAAUUUGCUCCUACUUGUUCUUUAUCAACGAAGAACUGGGAAGACUUGAACGCACCAAUAGUGAUAUUCUCGAGGUGGUUCCUCUGGACAUGUUAAAGAACGAUCAAACUUUCUAUUCUUACGUCAGGAACUCCAAUGAAAGUUUGGGUGAAAAUCAGAUAAACGCAUUGAAAAAGCUACGUGCGUACGUACAGAAUGUCACAUUGGUUGGAAAAGAUCAGGGAUUAAUUAGAAGACAGUGCCUUGAAUAUUGGAAGAUUCCAGAUAUCGCGAGAUCUCAACCCCGUGUUUCCAAUCCGGAUAUUCAUUUUCAAGAUCUUUUAAAGACGGCUAAAGAUCGUGACGAGUUGAUAUGCAAGCCCAAAAUAUUCACCAAACAGCAUUUAAACGAACUGAAAGUGCUUGGGAAAUUCAAAUGUUAUGUUUCGUCUGGUGAACGUUUCUUUCUUCUUGGUUUGGGGCGUUCAAGGCUGUUUCAAUGGGAUGGUACGCCAAGAGGUCGAAAACAAUGGCGAGGGUUGGAUCAGAUGAACCUAGAACUGCCCAAAGAUACUCUGAUUGAGGUCGAGAAGGUCGAAGAAUUACGUGGUGAGGGAAAAGGUCAGCGUCGUAGCGUUGUAAUUCACAUUACAGAUGCAUUGAUACUUGGCGGAAAAGAUAUCCGUACCAGACAUUAUGCACACAGAAUGGAAUAUGCUGCUAUGUUUGCCAAAGCAAUUACAAAACAAAGUCGUCCAGACAUGGUGAUUGUCAGGGCAAAGCCAAUCUAUAGCCUCGAUGUCCUUGGCGAUAUUUUUGACCGGCUGGAAAUUAGGCGCGUGAAGGGACGACCGCCUGCGUUAUGUUUUGUUACAGACGAUGAUCGCGCUAUAAUACCGACAGGAAUCGCGUUUAUUAAACAUUUAAACGAUCCAUGGUCGACAGCUUUUAGUAAAAGUCAACAAAAGACAUAUUUUUAUAACUCUGAAACGAGGUCGUCCCAGUUUGAUAUACCACUACAAGCAAUAGCAACGUUUGGGAUGUGUGCACAAAAUCGUUACUUCUGGAACUGGGGUGAACUACGCGAGGACCUGGAUACUAACGACCGGGAUCUAGUGAGCAAACAAGUAAUGUUGGAUUUUAUCAGAAGUCAUUCAAUUCGUUGAGGAAUCGAUUUAAGUCUGAGUGAAGUUCUACAAACGCAAAACGAAUUUGGACUGCUCGAAAAUAUCGUCAGGUAUAUUAACUGAUGCAUAGAACUCCCCUCCGUAAUUUACAUGGAAUCCGUUGGCUCCCAGACAGGGGGACCAGCAUAACCUCGUUGCCCACAUCAGAUGAGCCAUGAUAGACUUCGCUCUCCUGCAAAGAGCGUGAAGUAUCGGUGUGUGUAUGAUAAGUGUAGAUUUCCGGUCAGGUUUAUUGAGAUUACAUGACACACUGUAAAAAUAAUGCAAAUAAUACGUUGCCGGUUCCUGCCUUUUGCAUAACAUGUUCAGAAACCUAUGUAAAAACCUGUGCAUUGAAAGUCAUCCCCGCGGAAGUUGGGUAAAAUGUCCCGCGGCGCGGAAACGCUUGCACAAACAUACUAAUCUCCAAAGGGUACAAAAGAUUUACAGAACUCUCUUUCGAGAGGCGAUGAGAAUUGAACAUGUGUUCAACAAGGAAUGUCUCGUCUUGAAGUGCUGAAAAAACAAAAUGUCAAGCAAGCCUCUUCACUUAGCGAAAAGCAAACAGAACGCCCAAAACACAUGCUCCAUUAGAAAGAAUAAUACUUCAGAUUGAAAAUAAAGUGUAAAGAUACAAGUUUAAUAUUAUUUUGCUUCUCUGCGAAGCUGAUAUGAAGAUUGAAGUAUUCGUAAAUUACAACAGAAGCAAUUGGCUUCCCGGAAUUGUUAUAGUUUAAUGUCUGGGAAAUCGUAUAAAGACGAUUUUUGAUAAACGAA